AGAGAGAGUGGAGGUCUUUGUUUUAGGGUUCUUUUUCUUUUCCCUGCCAAUCUCAUUUUCUACUGGUGCAGUUGCAGUUAUUUCUAAAUCUUACUAGGGAAACGGAUCUUUGGCAUCUAAGAUGGUGUGGUGGGUGAAGGUAGUGCACUCGAAAUAAAUAAGAGAAAGGGAAAAAAAAAAAGAAAUGCAUGAUUUUUUCUUCAGCCUGCUUUGGGGAACUGACAUAAGAAGCAAGGAAUAAGUCUGGUCUUUUGGUGGUUCCUCGUAGUCGGCAUCCCCAAAAGGUGAAAACCUGAAUUGGGGAUGUUCCGGUGUUGAGAAGAGAGUUGCAGAGAGUGAAGAUCCGGCGGUGGCAGGCCGAAUAGGUGGAGAGAUUUGAGUUUUUCCGACAUGGGUGUUGCGGCAGGGGCUCAGAUCUGGUGAUGCGGUAAAAGGAAGAAAGACCAGCGGCAGCUUCCAUCUUUGAGCUUUUUCUCUCAAGUGGUGGUGGUGGUCGCGCGGAGACAAUGGAGGCGAGUGCUGGGUUAGUUGCAGGAUCUCACAACCGGAAUGAGCUCGUGGUUAUACGUCGUGAUGGAGAAUCCGGCCCCAAGCCUCUACAGCAGCUCAGCGGGCAAAUCUGUCAGAUCUGUGGCGACGAUGUUGGGCUUACUGUGGAGGGCGAGCUCUUCGUUGCCUGCAACGAGUGUGCAUUCCCCGUCUGCAGGACCUGUUACGAGUAUGAGCGAAGAGAAGGUAGUCAAGUGUGUCCUCAGUGCAAGACCAGGUUUAAGCGUCUCAAGGGGAGUGCCAGAGUUGCUGGCGAUGAAGAAGAAGAUGACGUCGAUGACUUGGAAAAUGAAUUCAAUUUUGAUGGUCGGAGUAAGGAGGACAUGCAGUAUCUUGCAGAGGCCAUGCUUCAGGGUCACAUGAGCUACGGUAGAGGUGGAGAUGCGGACAUGCCUCAAGUGGUUCAUACAAUGCCUCAAGUUCCUCUGCUUACCAAUGGCCAGAUGGUUGAUGACAUUCCCCCUGAGCAGCAUGCCUUGGUGCCUUCUUUCAUGGGAGGUGGGGGCAAAAGAAUCCACCCUCUACCUUUUGCAGAUCCCAAUCUUCCUGUGCAACCCAGAUCCAUGGAUCCUUCCAAAGAUCUCGCUGCAUAUGGGUAUGGCAGUGUGGCGUGGAAGGAAAGGAUGGAGAAUUGGAAACAGAGGCAAGAGAAAUUACAGGUCAUGAGAAAUGAAAAUGGUGGCAAGGACUGGGAUCCAGAUGGUGAUGGACCAGAUCUACCACUUAUGGAUGAGGCAAGACAACCGUUGUCAAGGAAGAUUCCUAUACCAUCCAGCCAGAUCAAUCCUUAUAGGAUGAUUAUCAUAAUUCGGCUUGUAGUUCUUGGAUUCUUUUUCCACUAUCGAGUCACGCACCCAGUGUCAGAUGCUUAUGCAUUGUGGCUGACAUCGGUUAUAUGUGAGAUCUGGUUUGCCAUCUCUUGGAUUCUUGAUCAGUUCCCAAAGUGGCUUCCCAUUGACAGGGAAACUUAUCUGGACAGGCUAUCUCUGAGGUAUGAGAAAGAAGGGCAGCCUUCUCGGCUUGCACCAGUUGACUUUUUUGUGAGUACUGUGGAUCCUUCGAAAGAGCCGCCUCUUGUCACAGCAAACACUGUUCUGUCUAUCCUUGCUGUAGACUACCCUGUGGACAAAGUUUCCUGCUAUGUUUCUGAUGAUGGUGCUGCAAUGUUAACAUUUGAAGCAUUAUCGGAAACAUCCGAGUUUGCAAGGAAAUGGGUUCCCUUUUGCAAGAAAUUUAAUAUUGAGCCACGGGCACCAGAGUGGUAUUUUGCUCAGAAGAUCGAUUAUUUGAAGGACAAGGUCUUGCCAUCAUUUGUUAAAGAACGAAGGGCUAUGAAGAGAGAAUACGAGGAAUUCAAGGUCCGCAUCAAUGCAUUAGUUGCAAAAGCUCAGAAGGUUCCUGAGGAAGGGUGGACAAUGCAAGAUGGAACUCCUUGGCCUGGAAACAAUGUCCGAGACCAUCCAGGAAUGAUUCAGGUCUUUCUAGGCCAGAGUGGGGGGCAUGAUACAGAUGGGAAUGAAUUGCCACGCCUUGUCUAUGUCUCUAGAGAAAAGAGGCCUGGCUUUAAUCACCACAAGAAGGCUGGUGCUAUGAAUGCUUUGGUUAGAGUCUCUGCCGUGCUAACAAAUGCGCCUUAUCUGCUGAACUUGGAUUGUGACCACUACAUCAAUAACAGUAGGGCUCUUCGAGAGGCUAUGUGCUUCAUGAUGGACCCAUUGUUGGGAAAGAAAGUUUGUUAUGUUCAGUUCCCUCAGAGAUUCGAUGGUAUUGACAGACAUGAUCGAUAUGCUAACAGGAACAUUGUGUUCUUUGAUAUCAACAUGAAAGGCCUGGAUGGAAUCCAAGGACCUAUCUAUGUCGGUACUGGGUGUGUUUUCAGGAGACAAUCACUCUAUGGGACUGAUGCUCCCAAAACAAAGAAACCACCUACAAGGACUUGCAAUUGUUGGCCCAAAUGGUGCUGCUGCGGAUUCUGCUGCGGAGGAAGGAAGAAGAAUAAAUCUACCAAGGCCAAGCAAGAGAAGAAAAGAGGGACUUUCAGAAAGGCUGAUGCAGGUGCGAUGGUGAAGAAGGUAGAUAGCAUUGAGGAGGGAAAAGAAGGCAUUGAAAAUGGGAAAUCAGCUCUCACAGCAGAGCAGAAGCUGGAGAAAAAGUUUGGGCAGUCUCCUGUCUUUGUUGCAUCUACUCUUCUGGAGGAUGGUGGGACCCUAAAAGGUGCUACUGCAGCUUCUCUGCUCAAGGAAGCUAUUCAUGUCAUUAGCUGUGGAUACGAAGACAAGACAGACUGGGGUAAAGAGGUUGGCUGGAUCUAUGGCUCUGUUACAGAAGAUAUCCUGACUGGUUUCAAGAUGCAUUGCCAUGGAUGGCGAUCCAUAUACUGUAUUCCAUCGAGGCCUGCUUUUAAGGGGUCUGCACCCAUCAACCUUUCAGAUCGUCUUCACCAAGUUCUUCGGUGGGCCCUUGGAUCUGUAGAAAUAUUUUUGAGCAGGCACUGCCCUCUCUGGUAUGGUUAUGGUGGGGGCCUGAAAUGGCUGGAGCGAUUGUCAUACAUAAAUGCCACGGUGUAUCCAUGGACUUCAAUUCCUUUGCUGGCGUACUGUACCUUGCCUGCUGUCUGCCUCCUGACAGGGAAAUUCAUCACUCCAGAGCUCAGCAACGUUGCUAGCCUCUGGUUUAUCUCGCUCUUCAUCUGUAUCUUCGCCACCAGCAUACUGGAAAUGCGAUGGAGUGGAGUUGGUAUCGAUGACUGGUGGAGAAACGAGCAGUUCUGGGUCAUCGGAGGUGUCUCUGCACAUCUGUUUGCAGUUGUCCAGGGUCUGCUGAAGGUCCUCGCCGGUAUCGACACCAACUUCACUGUCACAUCAAAGGCUGGUGACGAUGAAGAGUUCUCAGAGCUCUACGCAUUCAAGUGGACCACGCUGUUGAUCCCCCCCACCACGCUGCUCAUAAUAAACUUGAUUGGCGUUGUUGCUGGCGUCUCCAAUGCUAUCAACAAUGGAUACGAAUCAUGGGGACCUCUGUUUGGCAAGCUGUUCUUCGCCUUCUGGGUGAUUGUUCAUCUCUACCCCUUCCUCAAAGGUUUGCUUGGUCGCCAGAACCGAACGCCCACCAUCAUAAUCGUCUGGUCCAUUCUUCUUGCUUCCAUAUUCUCUCUCUUGUGGGUUCGGAUAGACCCCUUCCUUGCCAAGUCCGAUGGACCAGUGCUCGAAGAGUGUGGAUUAGAUUGUAAUUAGUUGGAGGGAGCUGUAAUCUUGCUACAAAGGAAGAAGAAGCUAGUCUGUGGAAGUUGCUUGAGGAUGUGAUUGACUUGCCGCACAAGUGGCUGGUGAGGUGCAAUAGCUAGAGACAUCCGAAGGCUACGUUUUGCAAUCCGUAUAGGUCUGGCCGGAGUUGAUCGAUGCCCAGAUCCUGUAACUGAUAGAUGAUUUUUCCGGCAGAAGGCGACCAGAAAAAGAAAAAAAAAAAAGCGUGUAAGUUUCCUGUGUGCAGCUUCGUGAUUCUUUAUUAGUUGUCCAUGAGGAGUCGAAGGUCAACUUUUGUUCGUUAUAUUAUUGCCGUUGAUCUUUAUAUUGAUUUCAUCGGAAUAAAGGGGCAGGUCCUGCCCGGUGGGUCGGAACACGGCAGGUGGGUUGGUGGGGGGGAGGGAGGAGGGGGGAAAGGACCCGAAAAUUUUUAGGAUCAGUUCUUCUGCCUUGAUGGCCUGUUUACUACUGCUGUGCUCUGUGUCCAUCCCUGCUAUUUUUCUUGUUCUUCUAGCUCCACGUCGCGUCGCCGGAAAAAAUGGAUAAAGGCAGCGGUAUGUGUUCUAUCCAGGGGAGAAUUCUGCUGUAUGCGGUUAAUUGGUGGUUGUGCUUCCUUCCACAGUGGAACCCCCUCUGCAAAUGUAGUAUGUCUGUAAUAAGCUGCCAUAUAUUCUUCGCAUUUGUGAAAAACACUAUAUGUGAUAUACAAAUCUCCAACUAUUUCAUGUUCA